GUGGCCAAGCGGUGGCAAAUACCAGAGAAUAGGAGAAAAGGAACUUUACAAAUCAGAUUUUGAGAAUCUGGUUGUGUUGCAAGAGAAAAGUUAUACAUACACCUUUUGGAUCUUACCUUUUGCAAUUUCUCUCUGUAACAGAUUAUAUUUUCCAGGAUUUUGUUGGCAUAUUCUGAUUUUUCUCAAUCCAAUGAAGAAUAGAGAAUCUAUGCAGUAGGCCUCUGCAGUUUUCGAUCCAGUUCCUGUUGAUUCUAUGGUUUGUAAUUUAUUGAAAUAUUUAGAAGUUCCUAAGUGCUUUCCCUUUCCGGAUUGCUGUUACGUGAACUGCCACUUUCACUACAGGUGCAGCACAACUUAAGUUCUGGUUUUGCUUGGAAAUCUCUUUGCUUUCAUUGAACUUUGAGGAUCGAGCCAUUUCUCUUCUGAAACUGGCUUAAAUGUCAGGGCUAGAAGGAUUAGAGCCAUAUGAUGGCACAAAAGAGAAGACAUCAGAUUUUGGGAACCCUGAGGAUGAACGACAGAGAUCGAAAAUUGGGUCUUUAAGGAAAAAGGCAAUAAAUGCUUCAAACAAGUUCACUCAUUCUCUCAUGAAAAGAGGGAAAAGAAAAAUUGAUUACAGGGUUCCUUCAGUCUCUAUUGAGGAUGUGCAUGAUGCAAAAGAGGAGAGUGCUGUCUAUGACUUGCGUCAGAAACUCGGCGACAGAGAUUUGUUGCCAGUUAAACAGGAUGACUAUCAUAUUUUGUUGAGAUUUUUGAAAGCAAGAGACUUUGACAUUGACAAAACCAUACAAAUGUGGGAAGAGAUGCUUAACUGGAGGAGAGAGUUUGGAGUGGAUACCACACUGGAGGACUUCGAAUUUGAGGAACUGGAAGAAGUGUUGCAAUGUUACCCCCAAGGAUAUCACGGGGUUGACAGGGAAGGCAGACCUGUUUAUAUUGAAAGGCUUGGAAAAGCUCACCCAAGCAAACUAAUGUGCAUCACCACAAUUGAUCGCUACUUAAAAUAUCAUGUUCAGGAGUUUGAGAAGGCCCUUCACGAGAAGUUCCCAGCCUGUUCUCUAGCUGCAAGGAGGCGGAUCUGUUCAACAACUACAAUCUUGGACGUGCAAGGCCUUGGAGUUAAAAAUUUCACAAAGCCUGCUGCUAGUCUAUUUGCAGCCAUGACGAAAAUUGACAAUAGUUACUAUCCCGAGACACUCCAUAGUAUGUUCAUUGUUAAUGCUGGACUUGGCUUCAAGAAGGUGAUUUGGCCUGCUGCACAGAAGUUUUUGGAUGCAAAAACCACUGCAAAAAUACAGGUUUUGGACCCUAAGUCUACGAGGAAGCUACUAGAAGUCAUUGAUCCAAGUCAAUUGCCCGACUUCUUAGGUGGAUCCUGCACUUGUUCUGUUGAGGGAGGUUGCCUAACAUCCAAUCAGGGUCCAUGGAAUGAUCCUAAAAUAAUGAAGAUUGUGUAUAAUGCAGAAACAACUCUCGUGAAACAGAUAACCAUAACAGCCAACAGCCAUCAGAAAAUUGAAUCUUAUAUUCAGCUGCAUCCACUCAAGGGGAAAACAAAUGGUGCAUUGACAGUUGAGUCAGGGUCAGAUGACGAUCCUUGCUCUCCGAGUAGAAGAAAUGUCUCUAGGUCUACCCUAUUGGCUCCUAUUCUUGACGAAGCCCAAAUACCAGAUAAUAGUAUCUACUACAAUUGCAAUGAUCAUUUUACUCCAGUUGAUAAAGGUAGUGAUAACGAUCAAGGAAUGGAAAAUUUUCAGCGUCAGUCUUCUAUUACAGACAACUCAAGGAAUUUGAAUGGUGAUGAAAAACGGAAUUUAGAAGGUUCUCUGUUUACCAAUUGGUUUGACACUAUCCAGGAGAAAAUAAGUUUAUCAUUAGUCUCAAGAACAUUGAUGUCUUUCACGAUCAAACAUUUUGCCUCAAUUCGUAAUGUGCCUUUUGAAUACUGGAGAAGACAGACGAAUGCUUAUCCAUCCAACGCAUUGGAAGGUGAACCAAAACUAGACAGUCAUCCACCAGCUAAUGCUGAAGCUGUUUGUGAAGACCAGGUCCUUCCAUGUCUGCAGCGUCUCCAGAGAUUGGAAAAUUCGUUGGAAGAACUAAGCAAGAAGCCUGCUGAAAUUCCAUUACAGAAGGAUCUAAUGCUUAAGCAAUCUAUGGACAGGAUCAAGUCCUUAGAGCUUGACCUUGAGAAAACAAAGAGGGAAAUACAUGCUACAGUGAUGAAGCAGCUUGAGAUUGGAGAGUUGCUGGAGAAUAUGAGGGAGUCCAGAUUUCAUCGAAGAAGGUUGUUCUGGCAAGUUUGGAAAGCAGAGAUUUGAAGACACUGCAGCAGCUCGGCAAAACACAAGAUACUACGCAGGAAAACUUCGUAUGGCAAUCUCUUUUUCCUUUCCUCUCGCUCUCACGCGCCAACAAUCUCUUAGAUGGAGCUGGGUUUUUCGGACAAGUUACACUGGGCUGCAGCAUUUUUGUCAUUUGCAUGCCUAUAUGCCAUGUGUAUGUAGCACAGUAUAGAAAAUGAAAAGGGGUGGCAGCAUUUUUUUAACUUUGCUGUCUACUAUCUAAUUUAACAUGUAUAUGAGCCUCUCCAACUGAAUUUAGGAAUAUUGGCUAAUGUUUUGCAGUAAAAGAAUAGACUUAUGCAUCACACUUGGUGCAUCUCAUGGGCAAAACCCAAAUGUAUGGAGAAAGUGGUUCACCGUACUGUCAUUUA